UGAUUAGUUGGCCCUGAUAAAUUUAUUACCUUAAAAUGUACAUUAUUUAAAAUGUUUCUAUCAUUCUAGAUUCUAAAAAAAUCUUUCAAACCGUUCGAAAAAAUUGCUUAAAAAUUUUCUGCUAAAAUUAAAAAAAAAAACUAGAAAUAGAAAGUAAAAAAAGUAUACAAAUUUAAAAUGAAUUUUAUGGGCGUUAUUUUUACGGUCAUCCUUAUUCUGGCAUUGGCCCAUGCCUAUGACGUUAGUCACAAUUAUAUAAAUGGCAGAGCAUCGACCAAGGAAGCAGAAGAAAGUCUGGAAGACCACAACCGUCUGAGGGCCAUCCAUGGAUGCCCGGCUCUAAAAUUAUCUGAGAGUCUUAGCGAAGGCUGUGCUUCAUAUGCAAUAGAAUUGGCAAAGAUUAAUACAUUGAAACACUCGGACGGCGAUUACGGCGAAAAUUUGUGCGUUAGAUCCGACAGUCCUAACAAAUGUACUCAGGACUGGUAUGAUGAAAUCAAAGACUACGAUUUUAGCAAUCCUGGGUUUAGUUCGAAAACUGGACACUUUACUGCUCUGGUUUGGAAGUCUUCGGAAGAAAUGGGUUAUGGUCAAGCCGUAAACGGCAGCCUUACCUUCGUGGUGGUAAGGUAUACUCCAGCUGGAAAUGUGAUGGGCAAGUUUGAGGAGAACGUUCCGAGAUCGCAGGCGAUCGUCGAUGUGAAAGCCUCUAUAGAGGAAGACAGCCUGAUCUUGCACAACCAGCUUAGAGCUCGGCAUGGUGUCCCAGAUCUUAAGCUGUCAUCGUCCCUUUGCGAAGAAUGUCAAGCGCAUGCUGUCGUUAUAGCAAAAAGCCAAUCUUUGGAACAUUCGGCAGAAGAUGGAAAUUACACGGAAAACAUCGACGCCGUUUUGGGAAAUCCUUUAAAAACUAUACAGAAAUGGUAUGACGAAAUACAACGUUACAACUUUCGGAUGCCAAGCUACAGUGACCACACGAGCCAUUUUACAGCCAUGAUUUGGAAGUCUUCAGAGUGGUUUGGGUAUGGACAAGCGGAUGAUAGUAAUGGAAAAACAUAUAUAGUUGCCAGGUAUACUCCAGCCGGAAAUCUGGAGGGACACUUUCGCGAAAAUGUUCGGAAAGUCAAGAACAUUGGAGAAAAAUUCCCCAUUGGCCAUGCCGGUGUCAACAGCGUAGAGGGGUAG